UAUGUUGCAAUAGACAAUUUCACCCGGAUAUAAUAUCUAGUACACGCUCUUAGCUGACAUUGAAAUGCAUCUUUCUGAACUGGACUGGUUACAUCUGUAAAAUAAACCAGACAGAUACAAUGAGGCUUACAGCCUUGUUGUCAAUGGCCGCGAAAGUGGCCUUCCCUCGCAACUAUCGUCAUGGAACAAGUAGGCCCUGGACCUUUGCUGCAAAGAGACGAAACCCACCUGGGCUACAAAGACGAAAGGUUUUUGUGGACAAAAUUCCAGAAGAGCAGUGGGCGGUGUUCAAGGGUGACACGGUGGAGGUUGUAGCUGGAAAAGACAAAGGAAAGCAGGGCAAAGUGGUCGAGGUGUUCAGACAUCGCAACUGGGUUAUUUUGGAGGGACUCAAUGUGCAUUACAGAUUCAUUGGAAAGACUGGAGAUUACCGAGGUACCUACAUAGCCAGUGAGGCUCCCUUAUUACUAAGUGAGAUCUCACUCAUUGACCCCACUGACAGAAAACCAACAGAGGUAGACUGGAGGUUCACAGAAGAGGGUGAGAAGGUCCGAGUGUCCAUCAGAACAGGAAGAAUCAUUCCCAAGCCCCCUUACCAACGGAAGGAUGGGAUCGUCCCCGAGCAAUGGAAGGAUGGACCUAAAGACACAUCUACUGAAGAUGCACUGAUGAAGACCUACUCCCCAUCUUUGAAGACCCUUGAGGAGGAGGUCAUGGAUGCCAUGGGAAUCACAGAGAAAAGAAGACCCCGUACGUCGUACUGGUAUUGAGGAAACUCAAAAUUGGACUGGCACCAGUAUGCAUCAUCAACUCCAUCAGGACAACCAGUUGGAUUAUGUGUUUAACAUCUUGUGUAUUUUUUUUCACACAUCCUUGUUCAUAGGUAUAUUUGUUUGUAUAGUGUUUAUCAGCUGGCUGUGUAUAGUCAAAAAGCCGGUCAUGAUGGGUACCUGUUAUACUGUACCAUAAAUGACUGCAGCAAUAACAUUAAAUCUGUGAUGAGACCCCA